UUUCCUAGUUCCUUCCCUCGUCCCGUGUGCUGCCUGUACUUGCUCGUCAGUCCUCUCCCCAGAAACUCCACCCACAUUGCAAAUUUAAAGGCAAGAAUCCUUCGGACCGGAGCGCAGGGACGAGCCACUGCAGAGAAUUCGAGCUCCACGAUUCCACCGGUGCAGAGGCGAUGGCUAUAGAUUCGCAACUCAAGAGGAAGAGGGGGAGGCCGGCAGGAGCAAGUUCCCCGUCCGCCAAGAGAGGGAGGCCGGCAGGAGUAGGUUCGCCGUCCGCCAAGAGCAAGAUGGAGCAGAAGAUGGCACUGGUUCAUCAAAGGCUCGCCUUGCUUGACAGCGGGAGCGACAAGGAUGCUGAUGUUGCGCCAGCGGCGGCAUCGGAUGAGAAGCUUGCUGUCGUUCUUGAUAAACAACCUACUGUAAUUAAUUGUGAUGAUACAGAUGAUGAGGAGGAGCAUGUUCCUUUAAAAGUCGUGCCGCCAGGGAGAGUGGACAGUGAGCAAAAGAAGCUUCCUGGUGUUCCUCAAGCAGACAAUAACCAGAAUACUUACAUUGCCAAAAAGAAGAGAGGGAGGCCACCAGGUUCCAAGUCCCCCAAAGGCAACAUGGAGCAGAAGUUGACAUCGGUAAAUCCGAGGCUUGCCUUGAUUGAGAGUGGUAGCAGUAACAACAGCAGCAAGAGCGACAUGGAUGAUGAUCCUGUGCUGAUGGUAUCUGAUGUUAAUUGCCAAAAGACAUGUACAAGCUAUAGUGUUCAGGGAAACUGUGGGUCUGCUAUGGAGAGAGCUAAGGAGGUACAGGGCAAGUUAUCAGCAGAACAUCCUAGCUUUGUCAGGGAAAUGCUACAUUCACAUGUUGUAAAGGGCUUUUGGCUGGGUCUGCCGUCUAAUUUCUGCAACAAGCAUCUUCCAAAGGAGGACACUACUUUUGUGCUAGAAGAUGAGGAUGGGCAUAACUGCGAUAUAAAGUAUCUAGGUACCAAACAAGCACUCAGUGCUGGGUGGAGAGGUUUUGCUAUUGAUCAUCGUAUUAAGGUCGGAGAUGUUGCUGUCUUUCAACUUGUGAGUUCAACAACAUUUAAGGUCUAUAUAUUAAGAGCAAAUAACUUCACAACACCUGACGGAGCACUUGGUCUCCUGUGUUUGGAAGCUUGCAAGGAAAAGAAUAUAUUGAAGGAAGCAAGUUCCAAUGAUGCGAAAUGUAAGGAGGAUCUAAAGAUUACCGGAGUCAGUAGCAAAGCAGCUCACAGUAAUAGCAGUAAUCUAGUGGGUGAAACCAUAGAUGGCAUCAGUUUUUCCGAUACAUAUAUCGAUUUCGGGGAUGUGACAAGUUUCAGCGACUUCAGCAUAAUCAUAGACAGUUUGGUCAUCGACUGCAAGUUCUCCGAUCACCUGCGCAAGACGUACUAUGAGCUCUGCUGUUCGCAAAAGUUGUUCCUUCACAAGAAUCUUCUCAAACAGAUAAACCUCACACUCGCAGUAGGAGUGAUCAUGGAGACUAUCAACAUCGCCGAGGGUAUCAGGGCCUGCAAGGCGCACGCUUCUUCCCAUGAGGACUUUGUUGUCUGGAAGAAGACCUUGGAGUCCUUUGAGCUCCUGGGCAUGAAUGUCGCUUUCCUAAUCAAACGUAUCGACGAUCUCCUCAGCCUCCCCGCUCCAUCAAGAGACCUUGCGGAGCACGAAGAGUACAUAGAGAUGAAACUCGAGCGGGCACGCGCGGAGGAGAAAAUGAAAGAGCUUGAUUCCAAGAUGUCGGCUGUGAAGGUUGCACUGAAGAAAAUUGAUGUGGAGAUGGAGGAGAUGGAAUCGAGCGUGAAACGGAGGGCCGAGAUGCUGCAGCAGUUGGCAACUGCGCCGUGGUAGCAAAGCACGCCGAUUCGAGCUACUACCGGUAAUAUUUUUUUGGUAUGAUGGCCAUUGAGUAUGCAGAUGUAGAUGAUGCACUGGAUGGUAUGAAAUAUGGUCUAGCUUUGCAGAUGGUUAGAACUGCAUUGA